AUGCCAUCAUUUAACCCAUGUACUGGAAUUAUUGCUUCUCCAGCACCACAGCGACGAAUUGUUGUCAAACCGCAUCACUCACCUAGCAACAGCAGACCCACAUCGCCAGGAAAUCGACGGCGUAAAGAUAUCGGCGAUUAUUGGUUGGGCAAAACGCUUGGCAAAGGCUCUUCAGGUCGUGUCAAGCUCGGUAUACAUAAAGUGUCUGGUGAAAAAGUUGCCAUUAAAAUCAUUUCCAAAUCGCACCUUGCAGCCAACGCUUCCGUUGAACGAGCCGUGAAACGCGAGAUUGCAGUGAUGAAGCUAAUACACCACCCGAAUAUUAUGAGCCUUCUCGACGUUAUUGAUCUUUCGGAUUCACCCAAUUUGUACCUGAUUCUAGAGUAUGUACAAGGCGGAGAAUUAUUCGAAUAUCUCGUCUCUCAAGGUCGACUACCAGAACCAGAAGCACGCAAAUACUUUCAGCAGAUCAUUUUCGGAUUAGACUAUUGUCAUCGUCAUUUGAUAUGCCAUCGAGAUCUCAAGCCGGAAAACUUGUUGCUUGACAAGGACAAAAAUAUAAAGAUCGCCGACUUUGGCAUGGCGUCGCUGCAACCUACCGGUUCACUGCUGGAAACCAGUUGCGGUUCGCCGCACUAUGCAAGUCCAGAAAUCGUCACUGGCAUACCGUAUAAUGGGUCAGCUUCAGAUAUCUGGUCGUGUGGUAUCAUCUUGUACGCUCUUCUUUGUGGUCACUUGCCCUUCGAUGACGACAAUAUCCGCGAAUUAUUGAAUAAAAUGAAAGAGGUACAGCAGCAUCCAUGGUUCACAGCAGAUUUACCACCCAACCCAUCGAUUUUACCCGAUCCACCUACAGCUACUGAAAUUGGACGGCCAGUUUCCGAUCCGACCGAGAUCGAUGAUCGAUUACUAGAGACACUCAAAGUACUUUGGACAGAUCUAACUACGGAGCAGGUCGUAGAAGCACUGCUAAAUGAAGAAUACAAUAUGCAAAAAGUGACUUAUGUGUUACUACAACGGCAUGCUAAUAACUAUUGGCAGAUCGACCGAGAUGACGAUAUCCGUAAAUGCGGUACGUCGCGACUUGUUUUGAUCUCGCAAUCGCCUGCGAAGCGUCGACGACCAGCAACAAUAUGCGGUGUGGCUUCAUCAAGUGGAAUUAGCAGUAAAGGGGUGCCGUUACCUGGUAUCGACGACAUGAUGCAUAAGAUCGCCGCAAAGAAGGAUAUAGCAAAAGACAAACCGACACAGCCAAAUCCUAAGCAGGUUGUAAAUAUUCCAGGGACGCCACCACAAACGUCAUCAGAUCGUAAUGUUGGGGAUGUCGAUCUGCCUCCACCCGUACCACCGAAACCAAUUGUGAUACGCGCCGAUCUUAUCUACAAUCAGGCACGAGCAGAGGCAUCUGCUAGUCUAAAGUCACCGCGAGCAGCACGAAAAUGGCCUUAUACUCCAGUACAACAGCAGCGACAUGAUAUGUGGUAUGUACCUAUCUAUCUCUAG